GGUAGCGAUCAUAACGGGCGGCGCAAAGGGACAGGGCGCUGCCGAAGUCGAGCUCUUCGCGUCCGAGGGAGCAACGGUCAUCUUCGGGAUAUCCUGGACGACGAGGGCAAGAAGGUCGAGGCGCGAGUCUCCGAGCUUGGAGGUGUGGCCGAGUACGUGCACCUCGACGUCACCAGCGACGACGACUGGCAGCAGGCCAUUGAGCUGGCCGAGAGCAAGUACGGCAAGGUGGACAUCCUGGUCAACAACGCUGGCAUCUCCAUGAGGCACGAGGCCAUGGAUGUCUCCAACGAGGACUGGGACAUCGUCAUGGACGUCAACGCCAAGGGCGUGUUCCUCGGCACUCGCUACGUGAUCCCGGCGAUGCAGCGCGCCGGCGGCGGCUCGAUAGUCAACAUCUCGUCCAUAGCGGGCAUUCUGGGGCGACCGCUGGCAUCUCCGGCGUACGCUGCCUCCAAGGGUGCCGUGCGCGUCUUCACCAAGAACACGGCUGGACGUUUCGCGUCGGACGGAAUCAGGGCCAACUCUAUCCACCCGGGCCCAAUCGACACAGACAUGAUCCGCGCCGCAACCAACACCGUCCGCCCAGAGACGCGCGUGGGCGAGAUCCCGAUGGGUCGCCUUGGACAGGCGGACGACAUCGCCUCGGCGGCUCAUAUCACUCGUUAUCUCUCGCGUCAGACGAGCAGUCUGUCCUAA